CAGUUCGGCAGGUGUCGCUGCGGAGGACAUGCGCAUGCUCAAUGCUCGCCUCCCGGUUUCCAUGAAAGCCGCAACGGCCUCGGGAAUUCUCUGGUCUGAGCCGGGAUUGGGGACGGGGACAGAGUGAGUGGUCCGAGGACAGAAUGCUAACGGUGGGACAAAGAUAGUGGAAGAUACUCAAGAAUCCACAGUUGGAAGGUUGUAGCACUGACGACGGUUACAGAGAGAGGGAAAGGUUGUUGAACAGAUCAUGUGUUUACAUGACUGUACCACUGAUUUUCUGUGUUACCAACACUGACUUCACUGGGGAAUGCUCCAGACAUCAAAUUACAGCCUUGUGCUGGCAGUACAAUUCCUUCUCAUGAUCUACGACCUGUUGGCCAAUUCCUUUUCUGAGCUUAUAUUCACGGAGCCAGUCAUCCCGCUGAUAAUGUUCAUUAUUCAAGACAUUGGAAUCCUCUUCAAUAUCAUCAUCAUCUUCCUAAUGUUUUUCAACACAUUCAUCUUUCAAGCUGGCUUAGUCAAAUUGCUGAUUCACAGGUUUACAGGAACCAUUCUUGUCACUGGUAUUUACUUUGUUCUGAGUGUCAGCUUUCAUGUUUGGAUUCAGAAUCUGCGAUGGUGGAAUAUGCGUAGGUACGUGUGGACAAGUGGACUUCAGGCACUUUUCGUUUUCCAACGAUUUGCUGCUGUUUUAUACUAUUACUUUUACAAAAGAACUAUCCUCUGCCUUGGAGACCCUCGAUUAUAUGAGGACUCAGAAUGGCUCCGAAAUGAAUUCUUUCGUGUCCGAAAAUAAGAUGGCAGAGUGACAAAUGCAGUGACACACAACAUUAAAAAUGGACUGUUACAUGGAUUUUUACCUGAGUAAAAAGACAUUUUUUAAUUUG